AUGUCACCUACAACAUCAAACUACCUCUUCGGAGGCCCCAUCCCCUGGACCCCCGAAGACUGGACCUCCUCCGACGAUCGCGUCCGCGGCGGUGCCUCCCACUCCUACCUCACCAUCACGCCUUCUUCUUCCGAUGACCAAAAGAAUACAGCUCGCUUCCACGGCACCCUCGACAUCCACACCCUAGGCGGCGCCGGCUUCGCCUCCCAACGCACCACCACCACCACCAAGGAAUGGGACCUCUCCCGGUUCUCCGGAAUAGAGGUGCAUGUUCCCCGCGCCGACGACAAGCGCUACACCCUCACGCUGAAGGACGAGAUCCUGCCGAAUCGGCCGGACGGGCGGGAGCGGAGUUCGGUGUCGUGGGAGGUGGACUUUACGGUUCCAGAGGGAAAGGGAAGUGGGGGGCUGCGGUUCGCGUGGGAGGAGUUUCGGCCGACGUACCGCGGGAGGGAGAUUAGGGAUGGGGUCAAGCCGCUGGAUCUGGAGAGGGUGCGGAGGGUGGGGAUUAUGGUUCGGAGUUUCUUCGGAGAGCAGGAGGGGGAGUUUGAGUUGGUGGUGGAGUCCAUUCGGGGUUUUCAGGAGCGCAAG